ACUUUAAUUUUCUUCUUUGGCACUUGAUAUUCAACCUUUUGUUGGAGGCAACUAUUUCUGGGGCGUUCACAAUGGCUGAUACUGGGGAAAGCUCUUCUUCUCCUUCAUCAUCGAAGCCCAUGAACGGAAAGCCAGUGGUUGUUCGGCUAAAAAGGAAAGCUUCCCAGUCGAGGGUUGACGGGCUCUGGCUAGAGAUAACUGAGAGGCCAGUCAAACGGCCUUUAUUGGAUUUUGGGAAGCUAUUCAUCUCUGGUUCGACUGGGAAAGAUGAAUUGAAGACCAAAAAGAUUUUUGUACAGCAUGUGGAGACAGUUAGCAGUACUGAGGCUGCAGUUGAUAUUUUGCAUUCAUUUGUGGUCAGUCCUGAAUCUUCAGACGCAUCUGGAUUCAGAACAAAGAUUGAGGAGCGAAGACACAUCUUCAUACAAGAGAAUAAAAAGCGAGAUCAACUGUUAUCAAGGGCCAGGCAGAAGCAUGAGGUUCUUGCAAAAAAUGCUCGCUUUGAACAAAUAUGGAAGAGCCGGAAAGAAAACAAAGAGACCGUACUUGAUGAUUCACUACGAGAAAUAUGUCAUCUCUAUGAUGUUGUUCGUGUUGAGGCAGAGGAAGAACCAUCCAUUGAGGCAGAAGAACGGGUGGAUACCACUUUGGAGGAUAACAUAAUUUUGUGUAAUUAUUUGCCUCUAAUAAGAGAGUUCCUUCCUAAUGCUAUAGCAGAAAUCGAAUCUGAUAUUCAAGCUUACAUGUCCAAACAAGGAGCAUCAACAGAUAGCUACGUAUAUGACUUGUACACUGUGAACGAUAAUCUGGAUGCAACUGAUGUCUCAGAUGCAUAUCCUCUGGUUCAAGUUGAUGAGGAGGAUUUCUACGAUGGCCAAAGUCAUUCUGAGUAUGAAAGUGAUGAUUCAAAUGCUGAAGAUAAUCCAUUGAAUGAUUAUCCCGAUGAGGAGACAUCUGAAGAGGAUGAAGUCCAUUCCCAUAGUGAAGCGGAAGAAGGUGAAAGCAGUGUCUCGGGUAAUCAAUCUGAGCAUCAGUCGGAAGAUUCAGGUGCAUUAUAUGAGGAAGAAGUUCUUGUUGAUGAUGAGCUUGGUGUUAUCGUCAGUUAUGAAGAAGAUGAUGAUGAUGAAUAUGAUGAUGAAGACUGGAGGUCAGAGUAUCGUUGAGGUUCAUCUCUAGGGGGAUCCAUACUUUCACGUGGUCAAGAAUAUCCUCAGUUCAUGUGUGAACAUUGUUCAUCCUUUGGAUGUUACAUCCCUGAUGGAUGUAUGUUUUGUUGUCUUGAGCAAACAGUUGAAUGUAGUGCCAAUGGUAUAUUAUGGUAAAG